AUGGCAGAGGCUUCUACGUGCACGCAACCAACCUCGGUCUGCCCUCCCACCACCCAUGAGAAGCUCAACGCCGGCGCCCUGGCCCCUCGUGAGGCAUCUCGCCUCCUUUCUCUCUUCGACAGGUUCGUGCUGAGCGCUGAGACAGCGGGCAAGGGUCCGGCCGACCGUGCGGAAUGGAACCUGCUGAAGGCCAACAUCUUCGAGGUCAACUGGUUGCUCGCCGCUAAAAGCGGCAUCAAGGCGGCACUCUCGCUCGUCGACCUCGACCCCACGUUCGCCAAGAAUGAGCACCACUCCGCGCUCACCAUUACAGUCAAGGACCAGCCCUCGGUGUUCCUGACGGUGGGCGAUAUCGCGCAGCUGGUGGUUCUGCUGGAGCAGCAGCUGGGGAAGAAGGGCAUGUUCGACUACAACAACAUCCUCAACUCCACUGUGGGCGCCCUCAAGCUCGCGCUCGCGGACAAGAUCAUCAACUCUGAUAGCGAAGAGGCUGCCAAGAGGAGAAAGACCAGCGACGCGAUGGACGAAGAAGAGAAGAGGAAGCUCUACUGGCCCAAGGAACUGACAGCCGAGGGCAUACAGAGCAUCGCGGGCAUGGCCAUCACUCCUUCAGGCUUUGACGACACGCUUGAGGACGAGGCUGGCUACGGCACCGCUUCCCUGUUCGGCGCGCCACACAUCUUCUACCCCAACGCCAAUCUCUUCGACUCGCGUCACAUCCCCUUCGCGAUGGCGCCGCUGGGCAACAAGCAUGUGCGUGUGUACCGCGAGUACGAGUACCAGUCCAUCUACACUCCCCCGCAUGAAAUCGUCCAUGCCCUGCAGACCUUGAUCUCCGAUUCACAGGUCGAUGGAUGGAGGCACGAGUGGGAAGCUUCAGUGGCGUGCCUAGGCUUGCUGGCGCAUGUUGCCCGCAAGUUCCCCUUCCUGUAUAUUGAUGGUCUAGCCGAGGAAACCAUGCUUGGCUUCUACCAGGCGGUUGUCUGGGGCCACUCGCAGGUGUCGGAGGAUGUCAAGGCCGGCUACCGCCAGUGGAGGGACUCAGGCGGCAAGAUCGACCCCGUGGGCCACGGCGACUCGGGUCAUGCCGUCCACCACAACCCUGAAUCUCCAUUGAGUCCUUCGAGUACCAGCGGGAGAUUCCUGCAGGAGAUCCUGGUGUCGAUCCAGAAGGCUGCGGCGAGGGCGGCCGCAAGCAAGGACACGAACAAGGCGGCCCCCGAGGACGACGCGUCGGCGAAGGAGGACGAGGACCACCCGCCCCGCGCCGGCUUCAAGGAUCUGGAGGAGAUCUACCUGCGUGGCGGCACCGACAAGACCAUCGAGGACUGGGUGGUCGAGCUGCUGCCCAUCGAGACCGUUGACUUGCCCUGA